CGAAUAAUAGCUGUGUUUGUAGGGAUGUCUUGACUGACCUUCUUCACCUCUUCCCACGUCCUCUCCUCUCACCGACAGCCUCCUCCAUCUCCAUCUCCAUCUUCCUCGUCCUCGUCCUCGUCCUCCUCCUUCUCCUCCUCAAUCUCCAUCUCCGUCUCCGUCUUCUGCUUAUUCUUCUUCUUCAUUCGGUAUCUCUAACGGACGACGACGAUGAGCUCCAUAAUUGAGAGCAUCCAGAAGAUCAGAACGAGCCAGUCCCUACCCCUCUCCCACUCAGAUCCUGACCCUUCCUCCGCCGCCAAUGGUGGUCUCCGCCGUCGCCUCUCCUCCCUCUCCCUCAAGCUCCAGACCGCACCCUCCCUCUCCGCCUCUGCUUCCGCCACCGCCUCCUGGGCCGCCGCCUCCUUCCGCCGCUCCAAAUCCCUCUCCUCCAUGGGCGAGGCUGCCGGCACCUCCAUCCGCCGCUGGUGGGACUGGGGCUGGACCUGGAUCCUCUCCAAGAAGCCCGUCUUCGCUCGAGAUCUCGAGAUGAAUGAGGAAGAGGCGAGAGCUAUCGGGUCCGGCCGCAGAGGGAGCUGGAAGCACGUCCUCUUCAAGGUCCGGUCUGAGAUCAGGAAGCUGGUCGGCUCCGACGCUCACAUGGGCCUCCCUCAGACCAUCAGACAGUAAGUAGUAGUAAGGCCGCGUUCGGCUUGGCAUAAAAACAGGAUACGAAGUAUUCGAACUGCAUCACAUUCCAUCACCAUCUCGAGCUUCGUCUUCGAUCCCGAACAUCGGAAUAAGGAUUUUCGCCGGAGGUACACGGAAACGAGACCCCCCCAUUGGCUUGCCCAGAUCAGUGAUUUCUUACUAAUAUUACGAAAGUUUGAAGCUUUCGCGAACAUAGUAAGAUCCAUGAAAGGUGUUGAAGUAUAGCUCUGCAUUUUCCUGCAAUUGAUUUGAUUCUUUCCUCUUCCGUUUCUUCUUCUGGUUCUGUAAAAUUGAAGUUUCAUUGGUGUUGAAUCUGGUGGAGAAUUUGGGAAGUAUGUAAUUAGGGUUCAUCAUGCUGUUGUUUGUUUGAAUUUUGAUUUGAUUGGUUCUUGUGGAGGGUAGAUUAGAUAGACAGAAAGACCAAUUGCUGGAAGCUUUGCUUAUAUUGUCAUUGUACUAUGUAGAAAAGAGAUGGCCAUUAACUUUGGUAAAUACGACUAUAUUGUUUUUUGUAUUGUCACUAAAACAAUUCUUUCGGAA